AUGACUGAGAAGAAUCGUCCACCACAAUCGUUCCGCAGUCUUUUCUUCCCCUUCGAGCUCGCCGGAGUUAUUGCCGUCCAUCCGAGUAUACUUCCAGUUACCAAGGACCUAUUGGCAAUGGCAGAGAGCAAAGAUUCGAUUAUCACACAUGUUUGGGGUCCGACCAAAGUGUAUGCGUAUUACAUCCCAAAAGAACCCAAACUGUCAAGCAAAUGGAACCCUAUAGAAAUUAUGGACAUCGGAAAGUACGGUGGACGCGUCGAGUUGGAAGCUUAUCAUCCCGGAAAUAUCCGAAACUUGAUUAUGGAGCAGUUUAGUCGUCCGGGGCUGUCUAUCAUCAUCGUAUCCAGCAGAAAGCAAGCUCCUUACCAUCCUAACUUCAUCAAGGAGCUCAAGGAGGCACUGAAGGGCAAAAGCAGCAUUUCGUUACGGUGCGGUAAUGAAUUCCUUUACAAAAUGCUCCAGUACGAUGGACGUGAUGAUGAUGACGACUACAAUACUCUGUUCCGCGGGACUUCUCCAAGAUUGAACUAUAUGGACCAAGACUGCCGAAAACUUGCGAGUAUGAUCCAAGCAUCCCGAGACCAGGAGAUACCAGCAAGCCGUAUAUUCAUAUUCUCCCAAGGCCAGGGAAGAGAUCUUUCGGACACUUGCGCGACGCUAAUGCCUGUUACAUUCCGGAAUAUACCAACAUUUGAAGUUACCUCCCCUGAGACUAAUUGGGAAAAGGAAGAUGGGAAAGCCGCUGGGAGCCUAGCCCGGAAGAUAGAAAGAGAGCUUACAGCCGAUCAUAAGCAUCGUACAGUUGUAUUCGCUCAUCGGAGCCCACAAGCCGCAAUGAAACGCAAGGCUUUGGAGUCUAAGGUGCAUCAAGAGAUUCGAAUUAAAGGCGACACCUACACGAAGUUCAUCAGCUUGAUAAUUCCACAGAUGAAUCCCGACCAACCGUCGUUCUCAUGGAUGGACAUGAUGUAUGAAGUACUGAAUCUUAUGAAAAUCCGGUCCGCGUCGGUAUUUCUGGUGGCCGAACUGUCCUCUGUAGAUGCUGCUACAAUAGGGGUAAUGAGCGACCUUCGAGGCAACCUGUUCUAUCAUGUCGGAGAGGAUUCCAAGCUACAGUUCUGCCCUUCCCAAUAUAACCUCAAAUGUAUCAGUUAUCCGACUGAGUCGGAGGUUCUAGGUAAGCUGCGAGCUUUUGAGAAUGACUAA